AAUGCUUAAGAAAUAUCGUUUAAAACCUUACGUAGGGAUUAUUUUUAGUGUAAAUGCUAAAUGUCGAAGGUGCUAGAACAGAAUUUCUUUUCUUCCCCCUCUUUUAAAAUUGCAUGUAAUAUGUUUGCGUAACACGUCGUGCGACGUCAUCGUCUUAGAUGACGCAAGAGGAAAUGACGCUGUUUAAAAUGUUAACAGUAGAAAUUAACAAAGUUGUAAACGUGUUUUUAAAAAAUUAUUCUUCGCUGUAUCGAUCGAUUCUCUUCCUGCACAGGCGCCAUUUUUAUUGAGCAUGAACAGUCCGGUGAUGCUUCAGACUACUACCACAUACUUGAACGAUCCUUGUCGCAUUCCACCUCUACCCCUCCUUGCCACCGAUUCGUGGGAACAAUGUUGCUUGCCUAAGGAAUUUUGGCUUAAGGGACAUACCAAAAUAGCUUCGGAUUAUACAGAAACCUUGCCUCAAGAUCCGAGACAAUGGACGCGUCAGGAUGUGGCCCAUUGGUUGCAUCAUGUAACAACACGUCACCAUCUUCCAGAAGUGCAACUCGAUCGCUUUUUGAUGAACGGAAAAGCACUCUGUUUGAUGACCAUCGACAUGUUUGUGCAACGUGUACCUUUAGGAGGCAAACUACUAUAUAAAGACUUCCAGUUACGUCUCAGCAACGUCUUGUACAGUUGAUUAAAUUUAU